AUGCCACACAAGCUCACUAUUAACCGGAAUAGUAACAUCGAGCUGUUUUCCAUCGUAGAACUACACUGUACCAUCCCAAAAAACGCUCCGUUUCCUGUAUCAGUUUACUUAUCUCGAGCUGAUAAUCCAUUUCCAACGUCAACACAUUUGCUGGUCUUUAAUACUCUUUGGAACCCAGAUUAUCUCAUCUUUAAACUCAUCGCAAGUCCUGAAAGAGAAGGACCUUAUGUGUGCUGGUACAAGUCUAGAACGGUCACCUCUGGAUUAAGCAACACAGUCAACUUGGUUGUAUCUUCUCUCCCAAAUCCCAUCAUGACUCUUCAGCCAGCUGUGUUUCCUGUGGGGAUGAAGUACUUUGCAACAUGUGAGGUACCUCAGGGUGAUUUUAAAAAUGUCACACUCAGCCUAUUUGACCGCAGCCUAUCGAUGAAGCCUGGAAACCAGUCUUUCAAAUACAUUGGAUCUCGAACUCUCAGUGCAGGAGAAUGGGGUGCCUCUAUCACUCGGAUGAGUUCUGAAAAUGUACUUGAAUAUAUAUGUGAAAUGGAAAUGUUUUUCAAGAACAAGACCAUGCGAACUCAAUCCAAGUCAGUUGCAGCCACCAUAGAGGAGCUUCCUAUUAGUCUACAAUCUAAAACUCAGAGUUCAGGCAGCUGUUUCGGAAAUCUAUUUGUCAGGGUCAGUGAGACCUGGGCUGUGGACAAGCAAUAG